AUGCCCAAUCUUACAAAAUUUGACCCACCAACUGGGCACGAUUGUAUGCUUAAAAAUGGUCAGUCUACGUCUAUAUCAACUAGACAUCAAUGUAUUUCUGCCAUGAGAGAGUACGAGAACAGCAGUAUGGAGGAAUUGAGGUUUGAAGACUACCAAAAACAACCAUGGCUAUCCAGUCAGACUAAAACGACUUCUACUUUCGUAGCACCAUUAUUUGGUCGUUCAAAAAUCGAACCAACCAAUCUAACUCAACAAGAGACCACCAGCAGCUUUUCAGUUUGUACUCCAACAACUGGAGGAUCUCUAUUUGGUACCACAACAAUUAGCAGCAGCUCUCUAUUAGAUACUCCAAAAACUAGCAGCUCUCUAUUUGGUAACCCAACAACUAGCACCAGUUCUCUAUUUGGUACUCCAAAAAUUAGCAGCUCUCUAUUUGGUAACCCAACAACUAGCACCAACUCUUUCUUUGGUACUCCAAAAACUAGCAGCUCUCUAUUUGGGACCGCAACAACUAGCACCAGCUCACCAUCUGAUACCACAACAACUAGCAGCUUUCAUUUUGGUACCAUAACAACUAGCAGCUCUGUAUUUGGUACCACAACAACUAGCAGCUCACCAUCUGAUACCACAAAAACUAGUAGCUUUCCUUUUGGUACCACAACAACUAGCAGGUCUCUAUUUGGUACCUCAACAACUAGCAGCUCUCUAUUUGGUAAAACACCAUCUAGCAGGUCUCUAUUUGGUACCGCAACAACUAGCAGCUCACCGUCUGUUACUCCAAAAACUAGCAGCUCAUCGUCUGGUACUCCAAAAACUAGCAGCUCUCUAUUUGGGACCGCAACAACUAGCACCAGCUCACCAUCUGAUACCACAACAACUAGCAGCUUUCAUUUUGGUACCAUAAUAACUAGCAGCUCUGUAUUUGGUACCACAACAACUAGCAGCUCACCAUCUGAUACCACAAAAACUAGUAGCUUUCCUUUUGGUACCACAACAACUAGCAGGUCUCUAUUUGGUACCUCAACAACUAGCAGCUCUCUAUUUGGUAAAACACCAUCUAGCAGGUCUCUAUUUGGUACCGCAACAACUAGCAGCUCACCGUCUGUUACUCCAAAAACUAGCAGCUCAUCGUCUGGUACUCCAAAAACUAGCAGCUCUCUAUUUGGGACCGCAACAACUAGCACCAGCUCACCAUCUGAUACCACAACAACUAGCAGCUUUCAUUUUGGUACCAUAACAACUAGCAGCUCUGUAUUUGGUACCACAACAACUAGCAGCUCACCAUCUGAUACCACAAAAACUAGUAGCUUUCCUUUUGGUACCACAACAACUAGCAGGUCUCUAUUUGGUACCUCAACAACUAGCAGCUCUCUAUUUGGUAAAACACCAUCUAGCAGGUCUCUAUUUGGUACCGCAACAACUAGCAGCUCACCGUCUGUUACUCCAAAAACUAGCAGCUCAUCGUCUGGUACUCCAAAAACUAGCAGCUCUCUAUUUGGUUCCGCUACAACUAGCAGCUCUCCUUUUGGUGCCCCAACAACUAGCAGCUCUUCAUCUGGUAAAACAUCAGUUAGCAGCUCUCCUUUUGGUGCCCCAACAACUAGCAGCUCUUCAUCUGGUAAAACAUCAGUUAGCAGCUCUCUAUUUGGUGCCCCAACAACUAGCAGCUCUCCAUUUGGUACCCCAGCGUGGCCAACAAAUAGCAACAGCAAACCUGCCCUAACAGCAAAAUUUGGAAUACGGAGAAAUUUCUCUCAUGCUAAAAUAAACUUUAAUGGUCAAAAGAGCCGUCAUGGAUCAUACGAUGUUGAGUUUUUUUGUGUAGAUUGCUCAAAACAAUGUUGCAGUGUAUGUCUGGUUGAUCACAAGUGGCAUGACUGGGAACGAAUUGUACUGUACCCAACGAAAUCUGCUUCCUUUAAACAUGGUGACAACAGCAACGAUCAGGUUGUAGGGGAUCGUUAUGAAACCUGUGGGAAUUAUUUGCUUCAUCAGAAACAUGACGAUCGACCCAAGGGUCAGGCUGUAGACGAUCGAGAUGAAACCUGUGGGAAAGUUGAUAAACAAGAUGACCAGUCCAAGAAUCCGGCCGUAGACGAUCAAGAUGAAACUUGUUGGAAAGUUGAUUAUUUACUUCAUGAAUUCGAGAGUUCAAUUAACCAUCUGGUCAGCCAACAAAACAAAAUCAAAUCAGAAGGCAAAUCAGAAGAAUCUCGAAUUGAAAAAGAAUAUGAAGAUAUUCUCCAGGAAGUUUAUCAACGGAAGCUGGACCUCAUUCAAAAGGUUCAGACAGUGACGAAGGAAAAAUGCCAAGACCUGGACAAAGUGAUACAGAAUUUAACGGGUUUAAAAGACCAGACUGAGAAGACUCAAAGGCUACUAAAGCUAAGUUUAAAGUUCUCCAAGCUUUCUCAAACUAGUUUUUCAAAUUUAAAACUCAAGAUGGACGAAUCUAAAGAUGGUUUAAACGAGUAUAAUAAUCCUUACUCGGAUAUCAUCCACAAAUUUGAGCCGCAACAACAUGGUAAUUUUUCGGACAUCUUGCAAAACCUUUCAAUUAUUGAAACCAAAAUAUGGCGCAACUCAUCACCUCUUAAUGAAUUAAAAUUGAGGAACGAGCAUCAAAAGUCAAAAAUUUCUGACACUAAGUUCAAAAUACGGAAUUUAACUGACCGUAAUGAUAUAUCCGAAAUUGAGACGCAUUCGGAGGAAGAUCGAGAAAAGGAAGAUUGUCCGACUUUUUCGACCUCUGAUAAUGGGCAGGUCAUGAAACACAGUGAUUCGGGACUCGGCAAUGAGUUGACGACUGAAAUUGGUUCCGAGAAGGAGUUGAUCUCUAAAGAAAUCCGGUAUCAGAAUCAGAAUGAUCCAACGCCAUUGGACGAGACUGGAACCCGUUUCAGGAAUGAGGUGAACUCUAAAGACAGCCAGGAUCGUGAUCAGAACCAGAUUGUUAGUCCGGAAAUAAAGGUUGAAGCAGACCAUCAGAGUCCGACACCAUUGAACGAGUUUGGAAACAGUUACAGGAAAGAUGUUUUGUCUAAAGACAGCCAGGAUUGUGAUCAGAGCAAGAAUGAUCGACCUGAAUUAAAUGAAGCCAACGUUGAUACCGAGGCUCGCGAAGACCAUCACUCAGACUCCGACACCAUUGAACGAGUCUGA